AUGCCCAAGAGCCCUGUGCAGAAGCUUGUCGGCCUCCUCGAGAAGCUGGACAGCGGGAAAAAGGCCCAGGAUGAGUUCCUGAAAUGCCUGUUGGAGAUCAAGAAGUCCCUGAUUGGCGGCCCUGACUCGAAGGUGCCCGAAGAAGUGAGCAAGCAGCUUGCCAAGGACAUCAACGCCAACCACGUCCUGUAUCUGCUUGUGCUCCACAUGCCCAGCAUGGACUUUGAGGCGAAGAAGGUUGCGGUGCAGAUCUUCAACAAGAUGGAGCUGUUCUAUCCGUUCUUCCAGCACGUGCAGAAGAGCGAAUUUGACAUUGCGUCAGAUGCGUUUGCGUCCCUCAAGGCCCUCCUCACAUCCCACAAGAUCCUCUGCGCCGAAUUCCUCGAGAAGAACUACGAAAAGGUGUUCCAGCACUACCAGCAACUGCUCGAGUCGGAGAACUACGUCACCAAGCGCCAGAGCUUGAAACUCCUCGGCGAGCUGCUGCUUGACCGCGCCAACUUCACGGUCAUGACGAAAUACAUCAGCGACCCCGUGAACCUCAAGCUGAUGAUGAACCUUCUGCGAAACCCAAGCAAAAACAUCCAGUUUGAGGCGUUCCACGUCUUCAAGGUGUUUGUUGCCAACCCAAACAAAACGCAACCCAUCAUGGAUAUUCUCCUCAAGAACAAGGACAAGCUUGUGAAGUUCCUUGCGAAUUUCCACAACGACCGGGCGGAGGACGAGCAGUUUGCAGAGGAGAAGCAGUAUCUCGUCAAGCAGAUCAAAGACCUCAAGUGAUUACCGACAUUGUGGGCCAACCCACCCCAUCCCAUCCCAUCCCAUCCCAUGUCACGUCACGCACUCUCGUGUGUGUGUGUGUGUGUGUGACCGUGCUCUGUCUGUUCACUCUACCUGUAAGCAGCUUAC